GCGCCUGCGCCGCGGGCGGAAGGUCGUGUCUGUGACCGGCUGGGCGUUUGGAGCAGCUGUCGCCAUGUUGUCGGUUGCUGCCCGCUCGGGCCCCUUCGCGCCGGUCCUGUCGGCCACGUCCCGCGGGGUGGCGGGCGCGCUGCGGCCCCUGGUGCAGGCCGCGGUGCCCACCGCCUCGGAGACUCCAGUGCUGGAUGUGAAGCGGCCCUUCCUCUGCCGCGAGUCGCUGAGUGGCCAGGCCGCGAGCCGGCCUCUGGUCGCUGUCGUGAGCCUCACCGCCCCGGCGUCCGUGCGCUACUCCCACACCGACGUCAAAGUGCCCGACUUCUCCGACUACCGCCGCAGCGAGGUGCUGGACAGCAGCAAGUCCUCACGAGAGAGCGCCGAGGCGCGGAAGGGCUUCUCCUACCUGGUGACGGCAGCGACCACGGUGGCCGUCGCGUACACCGCCAAGAAUGUCGUCUCCCAGUUUGUGUCCAGCAUGAGCGCCUCCGCGGACGUGCUGGCCAUGUCGAAGAUCGAGAUCAAGCUGUCCGACAUCCCCGAGGGCAAGAACAUGGCCUUCAAGUGGAGGGGCAAGCCCCUGUUCGUGCGCCACCGCACCAAGAAGGAGGUGGAGCAGGAGGCUGCGGUGGAUGUGGCGCAGCUGCGGGACCCGCAGCACGACCUGGAGCGCGUGAAGAGGCCCGAGUGGGUCAUCCUGAUCGGGGUCUGCACCCACCUGGGCUGCGUGCCCAUUGCGAACGCGGGCGACUUCGGUGGCUACUACUGCCCCUGCCACGGGUCCCACUACGACGCGUCGGGCCGGAUCCGGAAGGGGCCCGCGCCGCUCAACCUCGAGGUCCCCUCGUACGAGUUCACCAGUGACGACCUAGUGGUGGUGGGUUAGGGACGUGGCGUGGCCUGCCUCCCCCCCCCCCCCCC